ACGCGCAAUGAGACGGCGAGUAUCGUACGCGAGAGUUUCGUGGCCCAAGACGUCAAUGGCUCGCGGUUGUUGUUCAUAUUAUUUGUAAUAGCUCUAAGAUAAUAGAACGCGAGAGAGAGCAUCGCGAGGAGGCUCGGGCUGUUUUUUUUUCGGGAGAAUCCGUCUCGCAGUCGCACGUGUCGGGACUUCAUUGCGAUGGCCGAAAAUCGGGACGCGAUACUGGCUGACUUUCAGGCUUGCACUGGAAUCGAUGAUUUCGGCGAAGCUAUUUUAUAUUUGGAGGAAACGAACUGGGACCUAUUGGCGGCGAUAAACAAGGCCAUGCCCCAGACUACGCAACAGCUGCCGUCUGAAAUGGCUCCGGACGUAGAAAUGGUAGAGGAGAUCAAAGUAACGUCCUCGACGUCGAAGCUGCAGACAGUGCAGAACUCGAAAAAGGCAGGAGCCAUGAAAGCGGUGGACGUGGUGGAGAGUGCAAAACCCGGGACAAGUAGACCUAAAAGUUGCAUGAAAAAUAGAACGCUUACAUUCCACAUUAACCAUCUCGAUAACGUUUAUCAUGUAAAUUUGUCCGAGUUGUCCACUUUGAGAGAACUCAAGCAGUUUAUAUGGUGUAAAACGAAUGUGGCACCCUGUCAACAGCAUCUUAACGGGUGGAAAAAGGAACCUGGGACAGCACCGAAUACGGUGCUGCAAACGUUAGAUUUGCCUAGAGAAAACACAUUGUACCUAUCGUCAUUAGCGCAAGACGCCGGUUUGCCUAAUGAGACCGUAAGUUUGUCAGAACGAAUGACUCAGACUUACACGUUGAACGUCAAGGACGAGGUGCAUAAUAAAACGUACAAGCUGAAGUUCCCUGGCACGCGUACCGUGCUGGAGGUGAAGACAGACAUCUAUUCGUUAAUAGAUGUGCCCGUGCGAAAUCAACAAUGGAAGGGUUGGCCUAGUUCACUGAAGGACGACAAUGUAAUAUUGGCACAAAGCGGUAUAUGUUAUCCGGAGCACGAUUUAUCGGUCGGGAAGCUCCCCGCGAAGGAGGAAAAGAAGAAGGUCGUAGAUCUAAUUGACAGCGACAGUUCCGUAGACGAGCCAGAGGACGUGGAAGAAUUCGAUGUUCCGGAAGAGUUCGCUGGCGACGACGAUAUUUUCAUAGAUGACGUUAAACCCACUAAAAUAGAACGUCUCAUGCCAGAAAAUGUGGUAGACGAGGUGAUGGGUACGUUACAUUUUGCGGAACAAUUCGAAAAGCGAUACGGACCGGCUCAUCCGGAAUUCUUCACUGGUACAUUCGAAGAUGCCCUCAAGGAAUCGUGUUUAAAGCCAGCGAAAGAGAGAAAAUUAUUGGCUGUAUAUUUGCACCACGACAACAGCGUAUUAGCGAACGUCUUUUGUACUCAACUGUUAGGCUUCGAAACGGUGCUUCAACUUCUUUCGGCGAAUUUUAUAGUAUGGGGUUGGGACAUCACAUACGAAUCUAAUAAAGAAAGAUUUUUGUAUUCCGUAACUCAAACCCUUGGUACCGUCGGUUCAUUGGCUGUGUCGAGCAUAGAUGUUGAUACCUUGCCAGUUCUCAUGAUUAUUAUGAGAUCUAGAUCUAACACGGAGAUAUUUACUAUCGUACAUGGCAAUGUAGGUGUUAAUGAGUUACUAACAAAUUUGGUACAAGCCGUCGAUGUGUUUCAGGAACAGAGACGAGCCGACAUUGGCGUUGAAGAGGAACGACAAGCUAGAGAAAGAGUCAAACAAGAACAAGACAGAGCGUAUCAAGAAAGUUUAGCAGCUGAUAGAGCAAAGGAAGAAGCGAAACAGAUGCAGGAGGAGCUUGAAAAGAAGAAGAAAGAGCAGGCCGAGAACGAAAGAUUAGCUGAGGAGGCGAGGAAAGAGGCUCAUAGGCAAGCUGUAGAGUCUAGUUUACCACCUGAACCGCAGCAGGGAGCGGGCGAUGGUGUAAUGAAAGUAAGAGUACGGCUUCCAGCAGGGAAAUUCCUGGAACGUAAAUUUCAAUCGGAUACGCCGUUACAAACGCUCUUUAAUUUCCUUAUUGUGGAAGGUUAUCCGACAGAGGAAUAUAAGCUCCUAUCUAGUUGGCCUCGAAGGGAUUUAACAUCCAUGGAUUCAAAGCUCACUUUGAUGGAUCUGAAAUUCUGUCCCCAGGAAACAGUAAUUUUAGAGGAACGAUAAAUAAUGCAUUGUAAUUAAAUUCAAAUGUAGAAAUUAAGUGUCGCGAAUAAUUCUUCAAGAAUGUAUUUAUUUAACAAUUUCGAGAUAGCGAUUAUUGAGUCCUGUUUAUCUUGCGAUUAUAUAAAUUUUUACGCUGAAUUUCUUGUACGAUAAAGUCGUAUGUGUGACGCACUCCGCAUUGAAUAUGAUUAUUUUAUAUAUAAAAAAAAGUUCGUUCCAUGCGUACGUAUAUUAUAUACUUUAAAUUUCCAGGAAUAAAUUGUAUUUCGAACGAAUUCGAUUUCGAAUAAAAAAGCUGCCUUUGUUUAUUAUGAACUCAU